AGUCUACCAAUGCCGAACGCGCGGAGGCGGGAUAAAAGAGCGAGGCCGAAGGUAGGCUGGCGGACUCGUUCGUUAGAUUACUCCUUUCUGCCCCUGGACGCCGCCGAGUAAGCAUCGUUAUAACCUCCUCCCCACUACCGUCAUGUCUAAGUCAGAGUCUCCCAAAGAGCCCGAACAGCUGCGGAAGCUCUUCAUCGGAGGUUUGAGCUUUGAAACAACCGAUGAGAGUCUGAGGAGCCAUUUUGAGCAAUGGGGAACGCUCACAGACUGUGUGGUAAUGAGGGACCCAAACACCAAGCGCUCCAGAGGUUUCGGGUUUGUCACGUAUGCCACUGUGGAGGAGGUGGAUGCAGCCAUGAAUGCAAGGCCGCACAAGGUGGAUGGAAGAGUUGUGGAACCAAAGAGGGCCGUCUCAAGAGAAGAUUCUCAAAGACCUGGUGCCCACUUAACUGUGAAAAAAAUUUUUGUUGGUGGCAUUAAAGAAGACACUGAAGAACAUCACCUAAGAGAUUAUUUUGAACAGUAUGGGAAAAUCGAAGUGAUUGAAAUCAUGACGGACAGGGGCAGUGGCAAAAAGAGAGGUUUUGCUUUUGUAACCUUUGAUGACCAUGACUCCGUAGACAAGAUUGUCAUUCAGAAAUACCACACUGUGAAUGGCCACAACUGUGAAGUGAGGAAAGCCCUAUCCAAGCAAGAGAUGGCUAGUGCUUCAUCCAGCCAAAGAGGUCGAAGUGGUUCUGGAAACUUUGGUGGUGGUCGUGGAGGUGGUUUUGGUGGAAAUGACAACUUUGGUCGUGGGGGAAACUUUAGUGGUCGAGGUGGCUUUGGUGGCAGUCGUGGUGGUGGUGGAUAUGGUGGCAGUGGGGAUGGCUAUAAUGGAUUUGGUAAUGACGGUGGUUAUGGAGGAGGCGGCCCUGGUUACUCUGGAGGAAGCAGAGGCUAUGGAAGUGGUGGACAGGGUUAUGGAAACCAGGGCAGUGGCUAUGGCGGGAGUGGCAGCUAUGACAGCUAUAACAACGGAGGAGGCGGAGGCGGCUUUGGCGGUGGUAGUGGAAGCAAUUUUGGAGGUGGCGGAAGCUACAAUGAUUUUGGCAAUUACAACAAUCAAUCUUCAAAUUUUGGACCCAUGAAAGGAGGAAAUUUUGGAGGCAGAAGUUCUGGCCCUUAUGGUGGUGGAGGCCAAUACUUUGCCAAACCACGAAACCAAGGUGGCUAUGGCGGUUCCAGCAGCAGCAGUAGCUAUGGCAGUGGCAGAAGGUUUUAAUUAUUACUGCCAGGAAACAAAGCUUAGCAGGAGAGGAGAGCCAGAGAAGUGACAGGGAAGCUACAGGUUACAACAGAUUUGUGAACUCAGCCAAGCACAGUGGUGGCAGGGCCUAGCUGCUACAAAGAAGACAUGUUUUAGACAAUACUCAUGUGUAUGGGCAAAAAAACUCGAGGACUGUAUUUGUGACUAAUUGUAUAACAGGUUAUUUUAGUUUCUGUUCUGUGGAAAGUGUAAAGCAUUCCAACAAAGGGUUUUAAUGUAGAUUUUUUUUUUUUUGCACCCAUGCUGUUGAUUGCUAAAUGUAAUAGUCUGAUCAUGACGCUGAAUAAAUGUGUCUUUUUUUAAAUGUGCUGUGUAAAGUUAGUCUACUCUGAAGCCAUUUUGGUAAAUUACCCCAACAGUGUGAAGUUAGAAUACCUUCAGGGUGAUGCCAGGUUCCAUUUGAAAUUUACAACCUGCUUGGGUGGAGAAGCCCUUGUCUUCAGAAACCUUGGUGUAGUUGAACUGACAGUUAACUGUGUUGUGACCUGGAGUUCACCCUUAAAGGGGCCACCCAAGCAAAGUCAUGGAGGUUUUUUUUGGUUAUUAAUAUGAUUGUUGGCACAUCCUAUGCAAUAUAUCUAAAUUGAAUUAUGGUACCAGAUAAAGUUAUAGACGGGAAUGAAGCUUGUGUAUCAUCCAUUAUCAUGUGUAAUCAAUAAACGAUUUAAUACCCUCUUGAA